GGGCGGCUGAAGAUUUCCCAGGUUUGGUAAAACUUUCAGCUGGCAUUAUCGCAGCGGGGCCAGAGCCGAGACGUCCCAACCAUUGUUUACCGUCUACAGUCGAUAGUUGAAUCAACAAGAACUUGUAAUGGCCUCCAGAGAUCCUGAUUAUAACCCAGCUAUGGAAGAAGAAGUACCCUCCCCUGAUCAACAGACACCGAGUAUCAAGACACCCAAAACAAAGAGGAAGAAAUCCGAGGACGGCGGCCCACGGACGCCCUCUGUUCGACAGCCUGCCACUUAUGCCGCCGUCCACAUUGAAAACCUGGUCAAACCAAAGACAGAGUGUCUUAUCCGUGCAAUCGACCGCGCCCACGUUGAGAACAUUAAGCGAGAAAUGAGGGAGAAGCAGGUGACGAAGUUCACGCUCAUUGUUGCCAACGUCUCCACGCCUGACAUGCCCCCCAUCAAGGAUCUUCAGAAAGCAAGGUCCUGCCGCCUGGAGGUUCUGGGUGGGAACCACACCCGUCAGGCUGCCAUGGAGUUGUGGGUAGAGACAGAGGACAAGAGGUAUGCCCUAUGGCCGUGCCAGUUGUACCAUCAGCUGACGGAGGAAGAGUCCAAGGCCCUGGCCUAUCUCCACAACAGGAACCACGAAGUGGCCAAACAGAUGACCUUCCUGGACUAUGUCCGGCUGUUUCGGACAGAGAGAGUGGCCUGUCAGAAGGCUGGAGCAUCUCCAGAGACUCUUGAGUUUGAAUGGAAGGAGAAACUUUGCCAUAUGAUGUCACUGACGAAGCGCAUCCUGUCUGCCAACUACAUGGCCGCACUCCGGGUGUCCUCCGUCAACGACACAGUCUGGCCACACUUGGCCUCGCUGUUCACUGCCUGGGACAAAGGUCAUGUCAAAGGUCAGAAAAAGGGACCAAUGAAAGCCUACUUCUUGGCUAACGCCCACUUCCUUGAUGACCGAGAGCUGAUCACGUGUAUCAAGGACAUGUUGAAAGGAGCUCUCUCGCCUCGGAGCUUUCAGAAACGAUGUGCAGAGGCUGGCGCGAAGUUUAGGCGACAUCUGAAGAGACAGAGAUCAAAGGACCAAUACAGUGACGCAGAGAGCGACAAUGGCGUGUCCAUCCGCUCCAGGUCAACGUCAAACGAGGACAGUGAAGAAGACAGCGACAGCUUCAACUGUGAUAGCCAGAGACAAAACAAGGUGAAGGUUAUGUCAAAGAACAGCCACCACUCAAAGAGGCGCCGAACAGAUAAGAAAGAACCGGAUGUGCUGUUUGGCCAGCAGACUGAAUCUUUGACCAACCAACUCACACAACAGAAGGACACCAACAAAGAGCUCCAGGCGCGAUUAACGGAACAGGAUGACGAACUUGUGAACCUGAGAGCUGACAAUGCAAUCUUGGAACAAAAGGAAGCGAACCACCAGGAGGAAAUAGCGCACCUCAAAACAAAAAUAGCGAAGCUGGAGAAAAAGGAGAGGGAUACGAGUGACGAAUUACUCAAAGCCAAAGCGUGUCUCUCAUUGUGUAGAAAGGCGGAGACGGAGCUACGUGAGAAGGUGAAACAGAUGGAAUCAUCGCUCCCAUCCAGAAGUCAUACAAGGCAUAAGCUCAAGGUGAACGACAUUGUUGAGGCCCAGUGGGAAGACGGCCUGUGGUAUCCAGCGUGUGUGGUGCAAGUUCUCAAGCAUGAUGCUUACCGUGUGAAGUUCCUGGAGGAUAAUAUUGUGUGCGAUGUACAGACAAGGUCAAUAAAACCAUUAUUAUGAUAUGAA